AUGUGGGGGAAGAGGGAUAUCCCGCCGUCUAGACCAUUCGGGAGACAUCCAGGCCAUGUACGGACGGGAGCCAUCAAGUCGAAUGUGCUCGACCGUGCAUGCGGACGUCCAGGCAUGCCGUCAAGUGUCGCGCGAUAUUGUGUCCCGGUUGUGCUACUCCAAGGCCGCCAGAAACGAAACCACACCACCAUCUGCCCAGUGCUUCUCUCAUCAACAGCGGCUUGCAUCAGUCCAAAUCUCUCUCCCUCGUCCAUCGAGUCCAGCUCUCCCUUGCAUCGCGUCACGUCGCCUCGCACAGACGCUCGCUGCCCAAAAAGCAAAGUGUUUCUUCUUCUCUCCCUCUCUUGCCUCUCCCCCUUUUCGGAGUCCGUACUCGUACAACAAGCAUUGAUUCUUCCAUUCACAUCAAUCCCGUCAAUAUUGGUUCAACCCGGGAUCAACCAUCAACCCACCCGACUUCCUCUCCACAGUGCCUCGCACACUGACACACAGCGCCAGAUCCAGUGCAGCGACAGCGCAUUAGCCCCUACAGCACCCCCUGCUACCCUGCUAAACCCUGCUACCCCUCCCUACACCACCCCCCCUCUGCCCACCCCCAUGCCCACCUCACACAAACCCGAACCUUCGCACCCCUCAAUUCCCGCCCUUGUCCUCGUAGCGCUCUGCCUGCUCUGCACACACUUUGCGGCCAUUGGAUCAGCGACGACGGGCGAUUAA